AUGAUUUCUUCCAGCUGCUUCAAACUGCUCGCCGUCAUCUUCUGCUCCUCAUCACUCACAGCUGGACAAGUGGACAAGGAUCCUAAAAUCCGCCCCUCUGAUAAUCCACUGGUUCUUCAUAAGGGAAACUCGUUGAACCUCACUUGCAGAGGUCAUGGCAUCUUACAAUGGAUUCUUGCAAAACGAUUGAUCCUGUUGGGGGAGGGUGUUAAGGUGGAAAAGUGUGACUCCAGGCAUCAUUCGCACUGCAGCAGACUCACAGUCACACACCUAACGGCCAACGACACGGGGACGUACACCUGCAAAUACUCCAAAUCUGGCUCAGAGCAUUCCACCUCAGUUUACAUCUAUGUGAAAGACCCUGAACAGCUGUUUGUUGAGCCCUACUCCUUUAAUAGACCUCUGUUUCUGAGCAUUUACCAACAUGAAACCACCUUCGUUGUGCCGUGCAGGACCACCUCACCUGACGCUGUUGUACGUCUGACGGCGAAUCCACCACUUUCAAAAGAAGUAGAGACGGUGUGGGAUCCCAAAGUAGGGUUCACGAUUCCAGAUAAUUACUAUACGCAGCUCACCUGUAGAUCUCACUUUGGUGGGAAAGACUUCACGUCCUCCUACAUUCCACACAAAUUCUCUAAAAAUAUAAAUAAUUUAAAAGUCACACCAGAUCAUGUCAAAGUGUUGGUUGGCGACACGCUUGUCCUUAACUGCAGCGGGGAGACGGGCCCAAACGGAAGAAUAAAGUUCAUCUGGGUUUUUCCAAAGCUUAAAGAAAAUCGAUACCAUACGAGCAAAGCUGAUCUGACACCUGGUGAUUUUAACAAAAUGAGCAAAACUUUGGUGUUGCCAAAUAUAACAAUGGCAGACAAAGGAGUGUAUCUCUGCACAGCUACGACUGAUGGAAUAACAUACCACAAUGCUUCAGCAAGAGUAAUUGUCUAUGAGCAUCCAUUCCUCAACAUAUCUCAUAAACACAGCAACAGCGGCAGAGUGAUUGUCCGAGAGGACACAAAGAGGAUUGUGUUAGAGCCUAGAGUCAAAGCGUUGCCACAACCAGACGUGAUUUUAUGGUACAAAGACGGCGUCGCCAUUUUUAAGAACUCAACCUGCUACAAGAUGUCUGGCUACAGCUUGUCCAUCCUCGAACUGAAGGAGAGGCACUCUGGGGUUUACACCAUAACCGUGGGCAGCCGGGGCAUGCUCAGGAAUCUGAGCUACACUCUGAUCGUUGAAGUUAAGCCGACUAUUUUUGAGGCGGAGCUCUCCAACCAGGACGUGCAUCUGUACAUGGCUGGCAAGCAGCAACAGCUGACCUGCACCGCCUUCGGCGUGCCGCUGCCCAGCAUCACCUGGCUGUGGCAGCCGUGUCACACCAGAACAACAGUGAACAGUGAACAAUGCAUCUCCGACAAUGAUCCAGUCCCGGUGACGCUUAAUGAACAAAGUAAUAAUUUCCACAACUUGAUCACCAGUAUAAAUGUCCAGACGGAACUGGUUCAAGAAAAAAACAAGACUGUGAGCACCCUGGUGAUCGGAGAGGCUCGUGUGUCUGGACAUUACCUCUGCAAAGCCCAGAACAAACUCGCCACUUUCAACAUGAUUCUCCCAUUCUACGUUGAUGAUGAACCGGAGGAAGUCGCCAUCGAACCUCUAACAGCCAUAGAGGGAGACGACGUCACCCUGACCUGUAGGGCGACCCGUUACCUCUACACAGGCCUACAGUGGCUGGACUCCAGGAAUAAAACUAUCACCACCGAUGUAUCCAACCUCCGGGUGGACCAAUACUCCAUUUCCAUAUCUCUCAAUGUGCGCAAUGUGUCCGAAAGCAGCACUGCAGGGUACCGGUGCCAUGCAUACAAGCUACAGAAACCAAAAAAGUCCAAAGUCAAGAUGGUCGCCUUGGAGUUGAAAGAGCGGCAGCGGCCAUUGCUCAGCCAAAAUCUGACCGAUCAGGACGUGAACAGCAGCAGCACUCUGGUCUUGGGCUGCUUUGCUUCGGGGGUUCCUCGUCCGCUGAUCCGGUGGUACAAAAAUGGUGUUGAAGUGGAAGAGAGUCCAGGGGUAUCGCUGGGAGAAAACGGGACCCUCAUCAUCGAAAGGGUGAAGAAAGACGACGAGGGCCGGUACGAGUGUGUGGCCCAAAACGCUGAGGGAUUGGCCAAAACGAGCGCCGUCGUCACUGUGCUGGGAGAUGAAAGCAAGUCAAACAUUGAGGUCAUAAUUUUGGUGUGCACCGGAGCCGCUGCCACGUUCCUCUGGAUUAUGCUCAUCCUGUUCAUCCGAAAGCUGAGGAAGCAGCCAGCGCACUAUAAGAUGGGUCCGUCUAUCAUCAUUGAUCCUGAUGAGUAUCCUCUCGAUGAGCAGAACGAUCUUCUUCAGUACGACAGCAGCAAGUGGGAGUUUCCACGUGACCGCCUGCGUCUCGGUAAAACUCUCGGCCACGGAGCUUUUGGGAAGGUCGUCGAGGCAUCUGCUUUUGGGAUUGACAAGCUCUCAACAUGCAAGACUGUUGCAGUAAAAAUGCUUAAAGGUGGCGCUACAUCGAAUGAGCGUAAAGCUCUGAUGUCGGAGUUAAAGAUCCUGAUCCACAUCGGCAACCACCUGAAUGUGGUCAACCUGCUGGGAGCCUGCACCAAACCUGGAGGACCUUUAAUGAUGAUUGUGGAGUUCUGCAAAUACGGCAACUUGUCCAACUAUCUGAGAAGCAAAAGAGACGACUUUCUGGUCUACAAGCGGCAGGACGGUAAGGUGGUGUCGGCGGGGUCCGGCUGCGAGCUCAGUGAGCUGAUGAAGCGCCGCCUGGAGAGCGUGGCCAGCACCGGAAGCUCGGCCAGCUCCGGCUUUAACGAAGAUAAGAGCUACUGCGACUCGGAGGAAGAGGAAGAAGAACCGGAGGAUUUAUACAAGAGAGUUCUGACGCUGGAGGAUCUGAUCUGCUACAGUUUUCAAGUCGCAAAAGGCAUGGAGUUCUUGGCGUCACGCAAGUGCAUUCAUCGGGAUUUGGCUGCUAGAAACAUCUUACUGUCUGAGAACAAUGUGGUGAAGAUUUGUGACUUUGGGCUGGCCAGAGACAUUUAUAAGGACCCGGAUUAUGUGCGCAAAGGAGAUGCCAGGCUGCCGCUGAAGUGGAUGUCUCCUGAAGCCAUAUUUGAUAAGAUCUACACAACCCAGAGUGACGUUUGGUCCUUCGGUGUCCUGAUGUGGGAGAUCUUCUCUCUAGGUGCCUCUCCGUAUCCUGGGGUCCAGAUUGACGAGGAGUUCUGCUGCAGGCUGAAAGACGGGACUAGGAUGAGAGCGCCAGAUUACGCUCCUUCUGAAAUAUACCAAACCAUGCUGGAGUGUUGGCAGGGAGAGCCACAGCAGAGGCCGACCUUCACUGAGCUGGUGGAGAGGCUGGGCGAUCUGCUGCAGGCCAGCGUGCAACAGGAGGGGAAACACUACAUACCCAUCAACACAGCCCUGCUGGCGAAGGUGGGAGAGCAGAUUGAGGAGACGGAGGAGACGUCCACACGACCCGUCUCCCACCGGGACUCGGGGGGCAACUGGAACAUAAAGAUCCGCCCUGCUAGCGUGAAAACUUUUGAUGAGAUCACCAUGGAGAACGGGACAAAUGAAAACCAGGAGGGUCAGUCGGACAGCGGCAUGGGCCUUUCGUCCGACAACAUGAAGACUCUGAUGUCGCUGACAGGCCGACCUCUGAGCAUCAUGGCCUUGGCGAUGAAGGCGGUGAGUAAGAGUAAAGAGUCGGUGCUGAACGACCCGGAGAAGGACAAGUUCCUGCCCACCGUCCUGCCGCUGGACUUCAGCCUGGAUGACUCGGCGCUGGACGUCAGCCUGGAGUGCCACAGCCCGCCGCCUGACUACAACUCCGUGGUGCGCUACUCCACGCCUCCCGUGUAGCCUCCGCCCGAACCCCGCCAGAGGACCCCAGAGUGGAAGCGUCAAGGCCUCGGCUUUGUUCCCCGCGUGCGUCAUCGGCCGAGGAGGAAAAGACGAGACUCCCUGUUCACGGACUCUGAAGUGACUCAGCUCCACUGCGCUCCCCUGUGGAUCUCUGGAUUGUUGAUUUCUGUAUUUUUUUUCCCACAUGUUGGCUUCUCGAUAAUGCUGCUGGUCUGUCCCAACCUUCACUGUCAAACAGCUGAAAACAGCCUCAGGUAUUUCUCUGAUCUACUGUGAAACAAACCGCAUCAAUCCCGACUUGACCCCAGAUUAAAACGAUCCGCAAAGACGAGUUCAACCCAAGAAGGAAUAAAAUGAACUUAGAAUAAAUGUAUCUUUUAACAAUGUAGCAUAAACUGGCGGAAAAUUUUACGUUCUCUUAUGGGCGUAGUAAAUAAACCUAUAUUGAGGAUUUACGUUUGUUUUUUUAUUUAUUACUGCGACUUAUGAUGGGGCAAUAAAUUGAUUUUACUGAUUAAUCAAAUUUUUGUUUUUUGAGGAUUUAAUUUCUGGAAAAUCUGAUUUUUUUUUUUUUUAACCAAUGCACUCUUGUUUAUUUGGGCUACGAAUUCAGGUAAAAUCUACAAUGAAUUAUUAGAGGCAGGCUAAAUAUUUUUAUUAUGAGAAUAAAGAUGUCGCCAUGGUAACAGAAGAGUAAAGUCGUACGACAAAAAGUCAAAAUAUCAAGAGAAUAAUGUCAAUAUUAGCAGAAUACAGUCGUAAAAUAAGAGAACAAAGUUACAAUUUUAUGAAAACAAAAAUUAAAAUGAGAAAUGUUGAGAAUAUCAUAAAAAAUAAGGAAAUACUUUGUCUUUUAACAUCAACAUCUCCAAUAGCAGAAGUUUAAGCAAACAAAUUUAGAAGAAAAAAAACAGUCAAACUGAGCAGCUCAUGUCAGAUUUUUCUAACUCUGGAAGCUUUUUACUAAAAAUUACUUUUUUUCAUAAUUUUCAAAAUAUUUCUGGUGAAACUGCAUUUUUAUUCUGCCUAUACUAUGCCUAUUUUCUCAUAAUUAAACAAAACUUCUUGUAAAAUAAAAUACAAAUAUUACUAUCAGGUUGGAUUUUUCCACAUUCUUCUGAAUGUGAGAUUUGAAUUCACACUAAUCUACAACAAAGAUUAAUUUAUUCUAAGGAUAUUUAUGCCAGCAGAGCACUAAAGGUGGUAGCCUAAUCUACUGUACAAAAUAAAAUAAAAAAAUAGAAAGCAUUCAUGUUCGUAAUCUCAGUUUGAAGUGUGAUUUUAUACAACAAAUAAAAAAGUUGCUGACUUAACUCAGGUCUACCCAUACAGGAAACAGUUUAUUUGUUUGCUUUGCUGUUCAGAGUUUUAAAACUCCCAGGUUAAUGAAGGAAACAGGGUUCAGAUGUUACCUUAAAGCGAAACAUUUUUAUGAUUUCCUCCUCCUGUUUGGUGCGAAUUAAACGCUGCACUGCUAUUUUAUUUCUCCUCCUUUGUUUUGGCCUAAAAUACAGUUUGUGUAUCAACACAUGUAAUUAGAUCAAAUCCAUAUAGGAACAUUUGAUCCAAAAAGUAUUACAGAAAUAAGUUGUAUAUUUAUGUAGAGAUUGCAAACACUGUCGCCUGUUGUUUCGCUUUUCACCCAGAUUUAACGGUUAACCAAAGGAUAUUUUCCAGAUCAGAUUUUCUGACGUUUUCCCGUGUUUCGUUCCUGUUUUUGUUGAACUGUAGAGGAAAUCUCCUCGUAAACAGGUGAGCAGGCUGUUCUCUGAGCCUCGUUUUGCAAAGUUUCCAACACUGGCUGCACAAAAUUUGAGUCAGCAGCAGCAACAGCUCAGUCUGGUUUCGCAACAUCUGCAUGGAAACAGAAACUGUGGAGUGAAAGUUUAGAGCUAUGUUGUGUUCAAUUACCACUAAAAAAACAGUAUUUGUGAGUAAAAAUGAAUCUAUGCUUUUUCAGAUGAAGUGGGGAACAAUUAUGCACUGAUACCAAGUGAUAUCAAGUAAAUGUAUUUUGUAUUGUUACCAUAUUUUAUUGAGACAGUGUUGUUUGUUGUAGGUAACAUAUUUUUGCAAAGAUUUUAGAUGCAUUGUUUAUAUUUAACCCAUAUCUAUAUAGUAGGAAGUUAAUGUUUGCAGUAUUGGUGUGUUAUGUCUUUUAUAUAUAUAUAUAUAUGUAUAGCUGCUUUGUGCUUAAAGGAUAAUCCUUUCCGUCAGAAUAGAUCACGCCUCACUUGUUUAGCUCAUUUCUCCCUCUUGAAAAUUUUCACCUUCACUGGAAUAGGAACAGUUGAUUUUAUUGCAUUUAUUUGUUACAAAUACACAUUUAUAAAGAUAAAGCUUCCUUCUGUAACUCAACCCCACAUGGAGCGCGACAGCUUAGAUUUAUUAACGUGUGAUGCGUGCUACCCAACACUGUUAACAGAGUGUAUGAAGUAAAUAAAUGAAUAAAGAUUUAUAUAUUUAUACAGUCA